AUGCUGGGUUUGGAGAGAUCGCUCGGGGGCGUGGCCCUGGUUGUCUUUUUGGCGUCCGCGUACUCGCAGCAUAGCGCGCACGAGCACCUCGUGGGCGCGCUGGACAGGCGCAUCGCGCUGCUGGAAAAGCAGGCUGGUGACUUGAGGGCGCAAGAAGCAGGCGAAAUGGUGCUCCUCCGAGGAGUGCUGGAGAGGCUCACCAUAGCGAUCGAGACGGCGCAGGCACACGACGAGACGGCGCAGGCAGCACAAACCGAGACGGAAGACAUGGCUCAAACCAACUGUCCGCGACACCAAUGCUUGCGACUCUUGAAGCAAGUGGGGUACACAGAGGUGUGCACUGAGAGCCCGUUCGGUUUCGGUCUCAGCGCGCAGCACAUGAUCGAUGCCGGUUGUACGGAGGAGGAUCUGGCCGUCAUUUUCCUAUCGAUGGCCUCGAUGACCAAUGGAGCAAAUUGA